GAUAUACUGUUAAUCAACACGUUAACUAAUAUUUUAUUCUAUUCAAUAUAUUCUAAACCCCCAGGUACCCUUUCAACGCGUCCCAGUCUCCAAUGUACGAGAUCGCCUACCUACAUCAGUCGCUGUCUCUAAUGCUGUCAGCUAGUAUGAACGCCAGCAAAGAUAUUGUAGUAAUGGCGCUUAUUGCUCAAUGUCGCUGCAGAUUUCGACUCAUUAACAUUGCAUUAAAAGGGUUGUGCAGAGAUUUGCAUAUUGUUAAUAACCGUUUAUCUAAGAAGCAAGAAGAGAUUGUGACAGUUCGCCUCGGUAAUUUUAUAGCUGAGCAUCAAGAUACCUUGGAGACAGUGAAUGAACUAGAACGCUGCUUCACGCAGCCGACCUUCGCACAGUUCACCGUAUCACUAGCCAUCAUAUGCGUAACCGCCUUUCAGCUUGUUUUUCAAACCGGUAAUAUGCUUCGAAUGCUAUCUAUGACCUUCUAUCUCCUAAAUAUGGUGGACCAAGUAUACCUUUACUGUCGCGAAGGAAACGAACUUACUAUUGAGAGUGAAAACGUGUCACGUUCUGCGUACGAGUGGCCGUGGUAUACGUGUAGCGUGCGUGUACGUCGAUCAACGUUGAUCCUAAUGACGCGUUGUUGCCGCACCGCCAAGCUCACAGCUGGGGGAUUUACUACUCUUUCUCUUACUACGUUUGUGAGCAUUUGCAAAGCAUCGUAUUCUUUCUUUACUGUCCUUAAACAAGUAGACGAAGACACUUAAAAAUAUUAUAACUUAUCUUAAAUUUAAAUAGCG